AUGAUAACAAACUCCGGCGGUGCGCACGCGGGCUCUAGGUGUCAUUGUUGCGGCUUUGGCGUGCCGGGAGACGACGAGAUUGGAAUCUGGUCCCUGCGUUGGGCGCAGAUGCCAUGGCGCUUCUCCGGGGCGUGUGGGGCGUGCUGAGUGCGCUGGGCAAGACCGGAGCGGAUCUCUGCGCGGGCUGUGGCAGUCGGCUGCGCUUCCCACUCAGUUUUGUGUGUUUGCCGAGAUGGUUUUCCUCCACCUUGGGUCGUUAUCCAAAGAAGCCUUUGAGCUCAUACCUGCGAUUUUCCACAGAACAGCUACCCAUGCUUAAAGCGCAGAACCCAGAUGCGAAAAACUCAGAGCUAAUUAAAAAAAUCGCCCAGAUAUGGAGGGAACUUCCUGAUUCAGAGAAAAAGCUCUAUGAAGAUGCUUACAGGGCUGACUGGGAGGCCUACAAAGAAGAGAUAAACAGAAUUCAAGAACAGUUAACUCCAAACCAAAUUUUAACAAUGGAGAAAGAAGUCAUGCAAAGACGUUUAAAAAAGAAAGCAUUAAUGAAAAAGAGAGAGCUAUCAAUGCUUGGAAAACCAAAAAGACCUCGCUCAGCUUACAACAUUUUUAUAGCUGAACGCUUCCAAGAAGCUAAGGAUGAAUCAUCACAGGCAAAGCUGAAAACUGUGAAUGAAAACUGGAAAAAUCUGUCUAGUUCUCAAAAGCAAAUAUAUAUUCAGCUUGCUAAAGAUGAUAAAAUUCGUUACGAUAAUGAAAUGAAAUCAUGGGAAGCACAAAUGAUUGAAGUUGGAAGAAAUGACCUUGUACGUCGCACAGUACCGAACAAGAAGAACCGAACAAAAGAUGACAGUGCGCAGUGAUCAAAUACAAGAUGGGGUUGUGUUUAUCAGAUCAUGGGGAGAGAGGCGCAACAAACCAUUAGGUCUCAAUGCUUGAAGCUGUUGGUAAAACUGAAAGGAUAAAGUUGACAAACGUUUUAUAUUCAAUUCCUUUUCCUUUAAGCUCAUGGACUUUUGCCAAUUUUUAAUGCAUGCUGUUUCAAUACUUUUUUUUUUAACUCAAACAAAUGUACGUUUCUUGCUAAAUGUAUUUUUGGUUUGGGAACUACGAGGAGCAAAAUGAAUCCAUGCAAACGCAGCAGUGAAUCAUUUACCUUUAUCAGACUGUGAACUUUUUAUACUGGAUGAUGACUAUGGAAAGAUUUUUCUUCUUUAUAUUAUGGAAGUAGGAAUUUGCUUUAGAAAAUUGUUCCAAAUUAUAGGAGCCAAUGUUCUAUGAUGUAAUUGUAUAUUUCAAAAAACAAAAAAACCCAGCACUGACCUAGGUAAAUUUUAAUUCCUAGGUAGGAUUCAUGUUGUAUUCACAGUCGAUGUAGCUAUACAUACAAAUGAUUUCUGGUUUUAGUUGCAUCUUUUUAAAGGGGACUGAGAAUUUUAUAAGCUUUCCUCAUUGUCUUUUUGUUUUCCUAAAGCAAAACUAAAAGAAUUAUGUACCAAAUUUAUGCAUAUUUCAUAUGCAUAACUAAAAUUAUGCAUAGAAUAAAAUUUUAAUAUAUGGUUA